UUCCGGGCAGUGUGGGAGGAGUUCCGGUUUCAAAGCUCAUCCCCAGACUGAUUGGUGUCUAGGGACUGUUGUCAAACAGCAGUAGGAUGGCAAAGUUGCAGGUGUGAUAGACAUCUGACAACAAGAACUGAACAAAAACUAAACAUCACAGAAAGACUCCUCAAAACCGUGAAGCAGAAAAAUAUAAAGUUUUCUUUAUCUGUGUAAAUCAGACACAAGGACUAAAAUGGGAAAAGCACACAUCAUACCAGAUGUGUAUGCUUUGCCACAAGCUUUUCUCAGACUUUGAUAUUGUAAUGUAAUCAUGGUACGAUUGAAUGCUGAACUGCUUCUUGGAGUUCAUAAUGUGGUUCCUACCCCUUGCUUCCUCAUUUUAUGAUUGGUGCAUUGGUGUGAUUAAAUGUGAAGCUACAGCAUUAACUGUCAUGUGUUGAUAGCUGGUAUUUACUGUAGAAGACAAUGAUGAGGUGAUGUGCUUUUGGAAUCCUGCACCAUGACCAUUUGUGGAAGUGCCUGCCUUAACUACUUUUGCUGUAAAGGAAAAGAUUUCGGUUGACCAUGCUGUGACAUCAUUUUGUGUAGGAAACCCCUUGCAGGAUCAAGAGGGUUAAAUCAUUUUUGCCUGGUUUUCAAAACUUGACCUUGGAAAUAACACCACAACAGAUUUUCGCUCAAAUGUUUGCUUUUUGUUCACCUUUUUUCUCUCAAAAAACCUCUUUCUUUAAAUGUGUUUUAAAACAUCUCUUUCUUCAUAUUUUAACUUGUUAAGAAUAUAAGCAUUUCUUUUCCAAAUUGGUUGAUGCUGAGAUUUAUGCAAAAUUGUCCUGCACUUAUACAACAGAAAGUGUUUACUCAGGAGCUACUUGUUUGUGUUCAUUUAGUAGACCUCAGGUGUCUGUCUGAACUUGGUUCUUGCCCAUUGAAGACUUUUUGUUUUCAAAACAAGGGCUAAGUGCAAUAUCAUGAUGGCUUUACUAAAGGCAUCUUAACCAUUCUGUAUUACUAAUUGGUUUCUUAGGGUAUUGCACAUAUAUUUGUGGUAUUUACACCAUGUGGUGCUAAAUCGUAAAACCAUAAAAACUUUUAAACAAUAUUACUAUGAAAAUAAAGGCACAUGUUUAAUAUUGAUCAUAUUUUUUCCAAAAAGGCUUUUAAAAAAUCGGCAAAAUCCAUGUUUUGUGUGUGACACAUAAACAGUUUGACCUGAUCAGAUUGUUGGUGAACGUGUGUGGUGUUUUGAUGUGAAGGCUUUGCAUAUGAUUUAUUUCCAUCUGGAAAAGACAUACACCAUUAACAACAAAAUCUCAGCGAUGGAAAAUCUGAAGCGUCAUAUUUUAGGCAGCAGGUCUGCUGGGAUGUCGACAACUUCUGAGCCUCGCUCAGUCUUCCACAUUGGCAGCUCUGAAGACACAUUGAACCAAGACAUGCGGGACUGUUACCAGGGCAUCGAAGAGUUCCGCAGUGCCAUGCGCAACUUGGAUGGGGCAGGCACCCAUCUUACAGAGUCCCUGGCACAGGCCUUGCGUGGAACUGACUAUCAGAAGGUUGGGGAGCAGUUAGCUGGUGGCUUUCGUGAGGUGUAUGGCAGCCAGCAAAUGCAGCACAGUCUUGAGCAGCUGAAAGACAUGGAGAGCAUGCUGUUGUCUUUGGAAACCAGAUGCAAAGCAGGGCAGGAGGAUCCUAAACUGGUGUAUGCGCAAACAACCUGCCAUAUCCUCUUGUUGUUUGCGAAGCUCCAGAAACAAUACUUUCAGAUUUGCCAUCAGAGAAUGGCUGAACUCCUUAAUCAUUUGCUUGUCGCCAAGGACCCUGAACACUCAGCAGAGGUCACCAAGUUCAUCCUGAAGCUUGGCCUGGCUGAGGAGUUAUCUUCCUAUGACAAAGCCAUCACCAGUCUUCCCAGCUCUCCUUGGAGCAGUCCGAAGCUGCGUAAAGCAUCUCAGGGGUCUCCUAAGACCCAGCGGCUCAAGAUUUUCUCGUUAUUUGAGCGCAAACCCUUGCCAGAAGAGUGCAGAAGUGCAUUCUACAUAAGCUCCACUGAAAGUGAGGAGCCAAAAGGUCUCGUGGGAAUGGAGACACCAUCAUUGACUGCAGGCAGUCUAAAUACUGUGUCAGCCAUGGAAGGAUCUUUGCUGGCUAGUGUUCCUCUGGUGACAAUGACAGAUGAGAUGAAUAACGUUUCUACCCCAGACAUUUCUCUUGGCAAGUACCCUAGAAAUCAGUUGGUAUCAGAAGAGGAGCUAGACAGUGUCAUCAGCCUGUUGUCUGGUGUCACCUCUCUUUCACCUAGUCCUUCACCCUCUGCACCACCUACCCCCAACAGCAUGCACUCCAUUCCUGAGGACCCUCCACGGGUGCAUUCUCCUUCCACACCCAACAGUAUGCACUCUGGACCAGAGCUCCGACCUGCGCGGAGCCCCAUGCAGCUGACGGUGCCAGGAAUGUUCCGUAUGCCUUCUCCAGCCUCCGACACCCAGCUUGAGGACCUACAGCUUCCUAAGCUUCAAGCACAACAAGUUCAUCGGCGCUCAGAAGGCUGCCUUGACCUCUCUGGCAUGGGUCGCAGCACUUGGCCUAAUCAACAGCAUCGAGCGAGCCUUCCCACAAUGCAGCUGUUCUCUGCUCCACGGCAUCAUCUUGAACUAUCACUUGAUCCACCGGCACACCCAAGCAACAUGUUUGUGCAUGACCCACUAACUACUUCUCAUCGACCCCCUCCGGGCUAUCUGGGCAUGGGUGGAGGAGGUGGCUUGGGUGUAGGUGGUUCAUUGUUGACCGGGUCUCACUGGCCGCCAUUUGGCCACAGCAUGGAGAUGAGAAAUAGUGGAACCUGGCCUCUGUACCAGCCUGUGGGCAUACCUUCAGGGGAUCUGUCAAGCAGUAACUGGCUUGGAUUUCAUGAGGGGAGUGAUGGAAGUGACGACUCCUCCAAUGGAGACCAUUUCUUUGCUGUUGGGAAAGAUCUUGCACAUGCCAUAGAUUCACGAAAUGACAGCAGUGAUGAUGAAAAAGAUCUAAUGAGAAAUACAGUCACCAAAGAAAUUCAUGAUCAGCUAAGGCAUACAGGCUGCACCAACACCUGGCCUCUAGUACAACAUAUGCCGGGUGCUAGUUCCCACUAUCACCCUCCUGCUGAGUUUCCUGACUUUCUGGAGCCUCCUUCUCAUCGUCCUCUUCAAAUGCAGUGGAGUGACCCAAUGUCUGCGCACAGCAUUUGGCCUGCUUCUGCUCCUGGAAUGGCACAGCAGAAAACAUCACAAAGCAUGCAUGGUUUUGGCCAUCACAGUUAGGAGACAAACAUUUCUGUGCCUUCUACACUUCAUGCUUUGACCCUUCUAUUGCAUUGUCUAGUCUUCCAAGAGGCGUAGUGCUGGUUUUGCUUCUUUUUGUUUAUACAGUAUAUCUAGGAAGGGUGUCACGAAAAGUUAAUUUUAAAUGUUUUGGUAAGUCAAUCACAUGAUUAUCAGUCAAUGAAUUUAUUAUUUUCUCAUGAAGUCCACAUUUAUAUAAGUUUUUUUUCUUAGGAGUCAACAACAGCUUUAAGAAGUUCUUAUUUUAUCCAUUGAUUUCAUCCUGUUUGGGACUGCUUAGAAGUUUGGUAUUAUAUGGCAAACAAGGAAAAAAAUAUUGACAGGUAUGUUAGAUACUACCAGGUGUCUGGAACUUUGUGUUCCUGUUUGGUCUGCAUGAGGGCCUGAAUACAGAACUGCAAGCUUCAAAGAUAAGCUAUGAUGCCAGAUUAUUAUCAGGAAGGACUUCACAUGUUCUGGGGAAGCUAGAGUCAUUACCUAUAAGAGGACAGAACUAUAUUUCUUAAAAUAUGUUUGUGUGUAAAAUUUAGUCCAAAUAUUUUCUUCUCCAAGAAGUAUCCUGCAUUUUGACCAAUGAAAGGCAAAGGCUUUUGGAGAAUGAGAUUCGGGUGAAAUCAUGAAGUUAUAAUAUGCUUUGUCUUUUUCUUUUGUUUUUUUGUUUUUUUGUUUGUUUGGUUGUUUUUUUUGUUGGUGGGGAGGAGUUGAGGUAGAGACAGAGUUAUGUACUUUCAUGUAAUUUUUGUGCAGUUUCUCAGGUAUUAAUGUUGCCAUGUGUUUCUUGGUUUGUGAUUUAUAGCUGUUUUCAUUAUCUUAUAUUCUACUGUCUGUAAUUAAUAUGUUAUAAAUUUAAGAUAAGAAACCUUUGUCUUCAGAACUGGGUGAUCAAUAUUUGAUGAAAGACAGCUUGUAGCAUGCAUCUCAUGUUUGCGCAUAUUUUAUAGAAAAAGGUAAUCUUAAUCUUGUUUUUGGAGUUUCUUGAAAUAAGCACUUGUUAUGUUUUACUUCUUUGUGAUCAGACAUAAUAUUCUGUAUCUUGUUAUUUUUGUUGCACAAACAGACCGUUGGGUAUUUUUGGGCCAUGAUACAUCAGCUGUGUGAUGAAUCAUGGCUGAUAAUUUUCAAUAUUUUGCGAAAUGUGUACAUUGAUUGAGGGGUUUAUCUUCACCAUUUUGUCUUCAGUUGCUCUACCAUGUUCUGAUUUCUUUCAUUGAAUCGUACAUUUCAGAAGUUUUUUAAUGUGGAGAAUUAAUUGGUUUUGAUGUGUUUUCUGAAACAGAAUUGAACAAGUAAUAUUUGAGCAUCCUGCAUCCAUUAACAGCAAUAAGACUUUGAAAUAUUCACAUUCUGAACAAACCAUCACUGUCAUACAUUUUUUUUGGCUGGUUAGGCAUUGUGUUGAUAGGCAAAGAGAGGGAAAUUUGAGGUUUGUUUUUAGAAAAGUGGUAAAGUGAGUUUCUUUUUUACCCUAAAUUUUUGGCGCUAUCACAUGAUGUCAGGUGCAAGACUUACCUCAUGUUUUCAAGUCUGAUACCUCGCUGUGUAACAGAUUGCAGCUGUUUUUAAUUCAGUAUGGGACAGUUUAGCAUAGAAAGCAAAUGCUUGGCUACUGACCAAAGCAUGAACAUUAGCAUAACUGAAUUUGUAGUAGGUUUUGAUUUGAAUGUCUAUUUCUGUCCGUUUUAAUGUAAAAGCAAGCUAAAAGAAUUUAUUUUCAGCACCAUAUCGCCUUUGCCUACCUGCUAGUCUGAUUUCUUAUGUACUUAAUAAUGACUUUGUUAAAAAUUGUAAUUGCAUUCACCAUUUGCAAAAUGUACCUUUUAAAAACUACAUAAAAAUUGGAGCAUAUUUAUCAUUAUUAUAGUUUGUAAACAAACUUUAAGAGAAAAAUGGCUGAAUAGCAAGUGAUUUCUGAUGUCUUAGUAAUAAUCUAGGGCAGUGAUUCUUAACCGGGGUUCGGUGAGUCGGUCUCCGGGGUUCGGCGGAGCCUUUGCCACAGAGGUCAAGACACACCCGCAAUUCGUGAUGACACUAAGGAAGGGUUCGGUGAACGUGCAUAUGAAACUUGUGGGUUCGGUACCUCAAACAAGGUUAAGAACCACUGAUCUAGGGGAAAGAUAAUCAAUAUGUCAGCAGCUGAAAAACGCUGUUCAGUUUUGUAAUAAAAUUAAAAGCCUUUCUGAAAAGUCUUUCCAAGGUAAAUAAAAAUUUUGACCUUUCAGUUUUUCCCUUAUGGGUUGCAAAAUGAAAAGCAAUAGGUAUUACCCAUAAGGCAUACCAUGUGUGUUGAUAUUUUAACCUUUCUCAGCAUCAACUGCCAAGUAACUGCUAAAGAUAAAAUUAUUGUUUAGGGGUAAUAUUGGAAAGAUUUAAAUACUAGUUAUUUUUGCAUGAAGAUAUUAAUUCCAGAUCCUAAAGCAGCUACAGGAGGUGAAGUGCCUUUAUAUAAUUCUGUCUUUAUUUGGUGUCAGUGCCAAAACUUUUGUUUUACUCACUUUCAGUGUGGGAAGAAUUUUGUUUUGAAUUGGCUUUUUAAUGUGAAAUUUUUACCACUUGUGAAAUAAAAUAUUGUUAGUCCUCUAGCAUGCCAUUUAAUACUUAAAUUGGAUUUUUGUGUGUGUGAAAAGCACAGUGUAUGUUUUUAUCUGCCUUAGGCAAUGUUUUCAUCUUUGUCAGAUAUUUCAGUAACUGGAGGACUAUAAAAUUGUAGUCAGUUUUCAUUUCUUUCUUUCAAAACUAAAAGAGACUUUAUUAAAGUGCAACAUAUAUAAUGCAUUACUGUUGUUAGGUGUUUUAUUUUUAAAAAAUUUGUCACAGUCUCUAGUAAAAUAGUAUUGCUGCAUUGCCAGGUCCCGUUAAAUAUUUGCUGGCCACACAUAUCUUUAAUUGUAUUAUUGCAAAGAUUGCUACCAAAGAUGUUUAUUAUUAUAUUAAUGGUCCUCAAAAUUUUUUGGCAUCAAGUUGUGUCAGCAAAUGUUCUGAUUCUGGAAUCUUUUGAUUUGCUGCUCAUUUUGUAAGACCUGCAGCCAGACUAAUUUGAAGAAGUGUUUCUGCCACCUUUUCCUUAUCUCUUUUGUUUCUUUUGCACAAAAUGUCCUUUGUCUUUGCAUGUCUUGCCAAAUGUAACUGCUAAUCCAGUAAUUGGGAAGGAGGUAUGUGACAUGCACCUUUGAUGAUUAAUGAUUAAUCUCUGAACAUGUUUCCUGACAUUUGCAGAACCUGCUGCCAUUUGCUGAACCUGCAAAAGUCCCUUUAAAAUCUAUUAAAUUUUGUGAUCAUUUCUUUCAAAAUGUUAUACUUAAGGAAAAAAAUUGUCAGAAAAUUUUUACUCAAAGGCAGAAACUUAAAAGGCUUGAGAGAAACACCAUGCUGUUUUAAUAUAUUUUUGUUUCUUAAUGUAUUUGUAUAAUUUGGUUAAAGUGCUGGCAAAAUGUCUCCCGAGGAAAAUAAUUUGAAAGCUAAAUGAAUUGAAUCUAAAGAACUAAAAUUAUGAAGUUGCUACUUUAUUGCUUGCAAAAUACUGAAAAAUGCAUGUGCCUUAUAUGCACAGUCUUGGUGAAAUCCACCCUAUUUUUAUGCAGCCAUAAUGUGUUUUGUGCAAAGCUCAUUCUGCAGUGUAUGCAAUUAGUUUAUGCCUUUUAUUUAUCAACAAGAAUGGUUUUAAAUUUUCUGAAAAAAGAAGGCUAUUGGUGCUGUCUUGUCAUUGAAGUUUUAUUAGUGUUUCAAUCAUUAGCAUUCACUGCUGGAAAAGGGGAAAAAAUCCAUAUUCAGAGGUCAAGAUGUUUUUAUGCAUAUUAUGAGGAAAGAUUAAUUUGUGUAUUGCAGGCAAUACUUAGCCCAUGAUGGGAAGGUUUCAUUUAUGAAAGCUACAUUUUUGUUCAUUUUGUUUCAUUGUAAGAUAUUUGCUACUAAUGUGGUUGGCAGAUUUUUUUUUUUUUUUUUUUUUUUUGCAAUAUUGAAUUUGUGUGAUUGGAGUUGGUUUAAGAUGUCUCAGCUACCGCUUUUCUUCUGGUGGUGUCUAAAUGUCAGUGUCUUGAGCAAAUGAGUGACAGGUUUGUCUGCAUUCCCCAUUCAAGUUUUAAGCUGAGAACCUGUUUUGUGAAAUACAUGUUUUUCCUUAUGAUUGUACGCAGGUGUCCCCUAAACUAUUUACCCUCUCUGUUCCUGUCUGCACUGUUCUCGCUCCUUUCUCUCCUUUUUUUUUUUUGUGGGUGGGGUGGGGGGUGAAAGGGAUUAUGUGAUCAUUUGUUCCCACUAACAAGCAAAGAAAAUCGUUUGCUUUAUAGUGAUGGCUUUCUUCCUUCGUUUUACAGUUCUCCCAUUUCAUAAUUUAUUAGAGUAAGUGAAACAAAUCUUUCAGAAAGUUUAGUUAGAGCUCCCCAAAUAUUUGUCAACUUUAUCUACUUUGUGCACAGGGAAACAGAAAUGGUGUCCAUAAAGUGUUUUACUAUCAUUUAUAUGUGUACACUAUUUGAACAAAGUCAUAAUAGUAGCAUAUGGUGCUGAGAGUAGAAUCUGCACCACAUUUAGUCCAGGAUUUUGUUCUCAACUUUAUUUUCUUUAUGAUUUCAUAUGAAUCAGUUUUUUAAGACAAAGAUGAGCAAAAUAUAGAGGAGGGGAUUGUGAUUGUGUCCUUACAGAAAUAAAAAAGUAGGAACAACUAUGCUAAAAUAAUCUGACAUUUGAAACAAAAUGCUCCGAGGUUGAUUAGGUGUAAAUCCUCUGUAAAAUCUCUGAUUUGGUGUUUCUCUUUUCUCUAAAUCCACACUUCUGAACUGUGAAUCCCAUGAAGGAAAGGAUUUAAAUAUGAUGUUAUUCAAGUAUGGUAUCUGGUGGUUGGGGAUAACACCCUCAAUGUCAUCCUACCUGAAAGAUUUCACAUUUAUUGCACCUUCCUCUAGCAAGAUCAGAUAUUCCCAUGGUAGGAAAUGUCAGGCCAGGUUUUUCUUUCUUUCUUUCUUUUUUUUUUUUUUUUUUGCCAAUAUUUUUGCAUAGGUAAUGGGUGAGGAAUAUUUCUAUUCCACACCUACCUUUGUGCUUAAUGUCGGUAAACAGAUGUGUUACAUGAGAAUUUUAUAUGUUUUCCCAUGGAUUUAGUAUACUUCAUUGUAUGAGGAUUGUCUAGAUGAUGAAAAUGAUUGUUUUUACAAUUUUUGGGGAUGAAAUAAGUUUUGAAAGGUAAUGGCUGGGCCAGCGAUAGCACUGGAACAAGGUGUAUAGUCUUUCUGGUGGAUAUCAUUGUUUGCAAUAGUUCAGUAUAAUAUCAAACAAUUUGUAAAAAUAUUACUUCAGUUAGGUUUCAGAUGUGUCAUAUUUACUGAAUGUUGUCACAUACUAGAGAUGUUGCAGUGCUUGAAAACCUUUUAAUGCACAUUUUAAUGUUUGUGCACUGCUCCCCUUGUAACUCUGAUUUGUUGUUUGACGUAUUUCCACCUUCUUCCUAAUCCAGAUGUACAUCUCACCUCCCGCCCUUCUCUUUGCAUCCAACACACCAUUCCGUUCUGGAGACUUAUAGUUAAUAAUUGUGUUCAAGCAAACUGCUUGAAAUAGCUGAUAGCCAAAAACAGUCAUUUCAUGUUCAAGGAUGGUGGGAUCUUUGGUAUUAUUCUAGGGUAUUGAAUAGUCGGCUACUAAAGGGGGCUAGAAACGAACAGAGAGGACUAACGCAGCUGCUUCCCUUGGUUCGUUUUUGCGCUGAGCGCUUUGGCAUGCAGAAGACAAGUUGGCCGUGAACCCAAAGAACUAGUCUGAGUUACAAAAAAAAAAAAUCGGUCGCAUGCCGCACAUGGCAUGAAAUGCUGACAACGCCGUCAUUUUCACGGUCUGAAAAAUAACUGGCACUCUAGGUGUUUCUAGAAGACCCGCCCCUUGCAUCCAAAACUACACCAUUGGUGUGCGCUGUCUUGUACAGUUAAAUGAACGAUCGUAUCGGUGUGUCUCUACAGCUCCCUGCCUGCUGGCACAGUAUAGGGAGCCCCGUUAGUUCACGUUUCUUUGUCGCUGAAACAAAAAGACGUCUUCAGUAUUUUUGGAUAUAAGCUCAAAAGACAAAUAAAUGCCACGAAAAGGCAGGACCUGCA